AGCUGCAGGUGGGUCAGUUGUCAGAGCACCGAAGCGAAAGCGGUAAAGUAGCCAACUGCAGUUAGUUAUCCUUUUGCGCCUCCCGAAAUAUACGAUGAAUCUGUCAAGCCUCUUUCUUUUGGCCCUCGUGGCAUCAGUCGCUAUCGGCGCUGGAUCUGCCCACAGAAUAAACAGGCCCGAACAGGAGCCCCCAAAGGAGUCGUGCCAGGUUACCACCACAAGCCCGCCGUGUGAGACGACCACUCCACCAUGUGCUAGGGAAACCACGACAACAACGUGUUCCCCUACUACCACAACAACCACAACGUGUUCCCCAACUACCACGACUACAACAACAACUACGACAACAACAACAACAACCACAACUACGAUAACAACAACCACCACCACAACUACGACAACAACGACAUGUUCCCCAACAACAACAACUACCACCACAACAACAACGACGACGACAACAACAACCACCACCACGACGACAACGUGUACUCCAACGACGACAACAACCACUACGACCACCACGACAACAACAACGACGACAACCACCACCACAACAACAACGACGACGACAACAACUACUACGACAACCACGACGACAACAACCGCAACAACAACAUCCUGCGAAACAACAACGACUGAGUCUCCAGAACAACCCCCCUGUGAACCCAACGAGCCGUCAACGCCCACUCCAUCACCACCCUCUCCCUGUGAGCCCAACGAGCCAUCAACUCCUACUCCAGCCCCACCUUCACCAUGUGAGCCUAAUGAAACGACAACUCCGCCACCUUCACCUUGUGAGACGACCACCACUACGACAACAACCACAACAACGACGACCACCACGACAACAACUACAACCACUACGACAACAACUACGACCACUACCACCACAACAACAACGUGUACUCCAACGACGACAACAACCACUACGACCACCACGACAACAACAACGACGACAACCACCACCACAACAACAACGACGACGACAACAACUACUACUACGACAACCACGACGACAACAACAACAACAACAUCCUGCGAAACAACAACGACUGAGUCUCCAGAACAACCCCCCUGUGAGCCCAACGAGCCGUCAACUCCUACUCCAUCACCACCCUCUCCCUGUGAGCCCAACGAGCCGUCAACUCCUACUCCAGCCCCACCUUCACCAUGUGAGCCUAAUGAAACGACAACUCCGCCACCUUCACCUUGUGAGACGACCACCACUACGACAACAACCACAACAACGACGACCACCACGACAACAACUACAACCACUACGACCACCACGACAACAACUACGACCACUACCACCACAACGACAACGACGACGACGACGACAACAACCACCACAACAACAACAACAUCCUGCGAAACAACAACGACUGAGUCUCCAGAACAACCCCCCUGUGAACCCAACGAGCCGUCAACGCCCACUCCAUCAACACCCUCUCCCUGUGAGCCCAACGAGCCAUCAACUCCUACUCCAGCCCCACCUUCACCAUGUGAGCCUAAUGAAACGACAACUCCGCCACCAUCACCUUGUGAGACAACCACCACUACAACAACGACGACCACCACAACAACAACGACGACUACCACAACAACGACGACCACCACAACUACGACCACCACAACAACAACGACGACCACCACUACAACAACAACGACCACCACUACAACAACGACGACCACCACCACAACAACAACACCCUGUGAAACAACAACGACUGAGGCUCCAGAACAACCCCCCUGUGAGCCCAACGAGCCGUCAACUCCCACUCCAUCUCCACCUUCUCCCUGUGAGCCCAACGAGACGACAACUCCGCCUCCUUCACCUUGUGAGACGACAACAACCACGACCACAACAACAACAACCACGACCACCACAACAACAACCACGACCACCACAACAACAACCACGACUACCACAACAACAACCACGACCACCACAACUACAACAUGUAUACCACCAACAACAACCACUAUUCCCCAACAGCCACCGUGCGAACCAACAACCACACCAACACCCCCUCCCUGUGCUCGCAAGUCCACCACCACCCCACCUCCGUGCGAAGAGACAACGACACCUGCCUGCGACACUAAGAGUGAUCAGAGUGGUGUAGCUCAAUUGAUUCCCAAGCCAAUUAAGGAUCUCUUCGCUGAUUCGAGCACCAACACCAAAGCGACCAUCCCGAUCGGAUCCAGUGCCAUGUGCGCUGGUCGCGCGGACGGAAGUAUAGUCCAGGACCCGAAUCAUUGCAGGAGGUACUAUGAAUGCCGCGCUGGACGUCGGCUGUUGCGCAAGUGCCGCGCCGGUCUGUGGUACGAUUCAGAGGCAGGAGAGUGCCUUCCACGUAGCCAGGUGUUGAACUGCCCGGCUCAACGUAACUGAGACACUUUAGCCGACUAGACGCAACUGGAAUGGUUUCAGAGAUUGUAUUGCAACUUUUAUCCGUAGCCAACAGUAACCUACUACUCAAUAAACAGCAUAUAAAUUUCACAGCAAAUGA